AUGGGCACCCCUCAGUGCCGGAGCGCCCACGAUAAUGUGGAGAGGGCAGAUGCGCUCCAAUUAACAGUGGAGGAAUUUGUUGAGCGUUACGAAAAACCUUACAAGCCUGUAGUCUUGCUGAAUGCUCAGGUGGGCUGGUCUGCCCAAGAGAAGUGGACUCUGGAACGACUGAAACGCAAGUAUAGGAACCAGAAGUUCAAAUGUGGGGAGGACAAUGACGGUUAUUCUGUGAAGAUGAAGAUGAAGUACUACAUAGAGUAUAUGGAAACCACACGUGAUGACAGCCCGCUCUACAUCUUUGACAGCAGUUAUGGAGAGCAUCCCAAGCGCAGGAAACUUCUGGAGGACUACAAAGUACCCAAAUUCUUCACUGAUGAUCUGUUCCAGUAUGCGGGGGAGAAACGAAGGCCGCCUUACAGAUGGUUUGUGAUGGGCCCACCUCGUUCUGGAACAGGAAUUCACAUCGAUCCCUUGGGAACUAGUGCGUGGAAUGCCUUGGUCCAGGGACAUAAGCGUUGGUGCCUGUUUCCUACCAGCACUCCCAGAGAGCUGAUCAAAGUGACGCGAGAAGAGGGAGGGAACCAGCAGGAUGAGGCUAUCACUUGGUUCAAUGUCAUCUACCCUAGGACGCAGCUCCCCACCUGGCCCCCUGAAUUCAAACCCCUGGAAAUCUUGCAGAAACCAGGCGAGACGGUCUUUGUGCCAGGUGGCUGGUGGCAUGUAGUUCUCAAUCUUGACACAACUAUUGCCAUCACGCAAAACUUUGCCAGUUGUACCAACUUCCCUGUGGUGUGGCACAAGACAGUAAGAGGGAGACCCAAAUUGUCACGGAAAUGGUACAGGAUCCUAAAGCAGGAACAUCCUGACUUGGCGGCCUUGGCUGAUUCAGUUGACCUGCAGGAAUCUACUGGUAUUGCUUCCGAUAGUUCCAGCGAUUCUUCCAGUUCCUCAAGUUCCAGCUCCUCAGACUCUGAUUCGGAGUGUGACUCUGGCUCUGAGACAGAGGGGAUGAUGCACCGGAGGAAAAAGAGGAGAACAUGCAGCAUGAUGGGUAACGGUGAUACAACUUCCCAGGACGACUGUGUGAGCAAAGAGCGCAGCUCCUCCAGGAUUAGGGAAUCUUGUGGAGGCCGCAGCUACCCCUGAGAGACAACAACACCCACCUAGAGGCAGCUGCCGAUCGAAGCUCCAUUAGCAGCCAGCCAGCUCUGUUCUACCCCCUUCUGCUUCUAUUUCUCAGAGUCCUUAAGUUUUUGUCACUCUUCCUCGAUCCAGACAUCCGUCUUCAUUAUGUGCUGUCGAAGGUUGGCUCCUUAAUAACUUCUAGGGGAAUGCCCCGACUCUACAUUAUUGUGCAAUGCUUUGUCCCCUCCGCGCCCCAAGUGAGUGCACUAAUAACCCAGCUUUGGGUAAGGACAUGCCAAGUAUUUAAUGGUUCACGUAACUGGCAAGAAAGACGACGGUCAGUUUUUAAAGAACUCUUUUUAAAACCAGCAGGUAAAUGUAAAAACCUGCCUUGCUUUGACACUGUCAUAUGUUUACAUGUUGUCCUGUACACUUGAGGAAAGGAACACCAGCCCUUUUGGCCUCUCUGAACGUCUGGCGGAUCUCGCACCAGAAUUUCAGGAAGGGAAGGUGGUAUGAAUGCUCCAAACACUGAAGCAACUUCAGCAGAGGUAACCGCCGACCUGAAGCAUCUUUCGUGGUCUUAAUCUACAUGCGUACAUCUAAGGUGCAACACCUUAACCAGCAACAGUCCAUUUGCUCUGUGUCUGUUAUGAUGACUGGUAACUAAGAUGCACUAGCACCUUGCGAUAGGAAGCUCGAUGGAUCAGGAGAAUCCUGGAGUUUCUUGCACAGCAAAAACCGUGGGGGAAAAAGUCAGCAUUUGCCAGUAACUGCAAUCCUUUAGGUGCAGGCGUGAUGUUUAGCACUAGGCAACAACUGACAAAGUCUGACUCUUGUAUCAUAACAACAGUUGCUGGGCUUUAAAUACCAAGCAGUUACAGGGCCGUGGGCUCAUUCAGGCCAGUGCAUGUCACAUACCUAAAUGGCUUUUCUUUGAGGUUACGGGUUCAGACGUUUCCAGAACUUGCGGUGCCAAUUUUAAAGGACUGGGAGGGGGACGUGUUGUUGUUUUAUGCUUUUUAAAAAUGCAAUGUGUUGCUUAAGUCUGUAGAUGCGUUCGUAUUAUGCCGGGUAAAGCUCUCAUCCCCAAGGGAUCUGUUGGAGCUGCAGUUUUUUUUUAGCAGGGGCUUGUGCUGGCAGUGUCAGUGAAGAGGUCUGUCUAGCUGAAGGUGUGCUGCAAGGAAAUGAUCCUUCUUCUCUAUCUGAACAGCACAGCCAGAAGCUAGCUGGGUUGGGGUGCUUCCUUGGGUGCUCUCCUGAGACCUAGGAGGUGGGUAUUAGAUCUCACUUCAGCCGCUCUUCUUUGGGAGAGGAAACUUGAAAGCAGAAGUGGUGUGCGUGUAGUAAACAUGCAAUAAUGCCCAGGCACUGGUAGCAGAAUUAAAGAGCAGAUUGGCAGCCCUAGCUGUGACUUUCUUAUACGUGUUGGGUUUGAUGGAACCCAGAACAUUGCUUGUCUGGGUUUUCCGAUCUUUUUUCUAACCUUGGCUCUUCCUAUUUAAACACUCUCCCUUCUUGGAGACCGGGCAAUAUCCUGUUGUACAAGGGAAUCCUAAAUACGUUUGUCAGGAUCUCCGUUUCUGAAUCUUCUGUGCCAGUCACUUUGUGUAGGAGCAGCGUGGUGGUGGAAAAAUGGAGAGAAGGAAGGCUUUUUGGUACAUUCUUUAGCUGUCCAGACUCCUGAAUUUCCUGUGAUAGCCAGACAUAAGUGAGCACGCUUGCUCUGUAGACUGCUGCACAUUCUUCCACAAGAUUACUUCAUUUAAAAAGAAAACUUCUCAAACUCCUGGCAUUUUUGGCCAAAGCUGCCUUUUUUCCUGCCUGGUUGAACAGCCUGGGAGCCUGCACAAUCUGUAUGUCUUCUCAGACAGAGCAGGCUGCAGCUGCUGACUUUCGGAAGAAUGUGGGGGCCUGGAGAGGAGAAGUCUCAAAUCUGUCACUGUGAGAGGAGCCCUUAGAGAACUGUCCACUGCCCUCUUUGGUGGCUUGACAGUUAGUAUGUCAGUAAGAUGGCUUAUGCUGUAGCUUGCAAUUGCAUUUGGCAUGCACGGUUCAGUUGCGCAGUCUUAAAAUCUUACAUGUGCGUGAAAGCCUGAUCGCUGUGCCGGGAAAGCCACACCUCUACCCCCAGAAGCACAGUGGGCAGAUCCAGAGUGCAGAGUAUUCUUCCAUGCCUGUGAACUCUUCCAUGGAGUGAAAUAAAACAAUUUCAGAUUGAAGCCUGUGUUCGUUUGACGUCCCUCACAGAAAAGCAGUGUGUUUGAAAUGGACUGCAGGCAUCGCGAUACCAGCAACGCUAUACUGACUUCUCCACCAGGCACUUUCUGAUACGAAACAAGGGUGUAUCUGUUUAGGCUACCUGGGAAUCGGGACUCCUGGGAUCUCUGGUUCUUCCGCUUACAGGCUCUUGCCUCAGCCGAACUGGUGAGCUUCUGUCUUUGUUUCAGUAGAUGAGGAAAAUACCUACCUCACAGGGAUGUUGUGAGGCUGAAAUGUAAUUACUGUGUAAGAUGCUUUGAAGUCGUCCUCCCACAAAAAGGGUUCCAGACAUCCUAAGCAACCUGAGACUUCCUAACCUGGUGUUAGCUUUUUGUAGCAGAAAACACUGGGGACGUGUUCAGCACUCUUGGCCACGUGGUGUUCUGUGGUGGCCCUUCCAGAAUUGCUGUGUGGUACAUAAAUUGUAGCAGAACAAGGCUUUUUGUUUUCACCAGGGUUUAACUGUUGGCAUUUCAUGGCCUGCUCUAAACAGGAGGUCCUGCUAGAUCGGGAUUUUUUUUAAAAUAGAACUAGAAUAAAUUAUCUCUCAUCAGGGAGUCAGCUUCACUGGCCUUACAGGAAGGGGGGGAGCUGGUGCUUCCCAGGCCCUCGUUCCAGGCCGGGUGAAUGAGGAAUAAAGUUAAAAACUGUGCUCCCCUUGUGCCUAGCUCCAUGCUUGUGGGAGGCUGGCUGGGGAGAGUGGGUUUUGUGCUCUCACUUCUCCAGACUUUUGCAUCUUGGGGCAUCCGUGUCUCUUGUUCUGACCCCACUGCUUUUGCGUACUGUAGAGCCCCUGGAUGUAGCAGGCUGCUGUGGUCCGGCGCCCAGACCCAGCGGGCCCCUCGUUUCCUUGAGCCCCAAAGCAGCAGCGCUGCUCUGCCUCGGCCCCCGCCGGCGCUCUGUCAGCCCGCUGGUGCUUUGUGGGCUGCCUUGCUCCCCAGGGACAGGCUUAGAGAGCCGCGAGCUGGGUUUGGACUGUGGGCUUCCCGACUGUACUGUGCGUAUCGGUGUCAUCGUCCUGCCUGCUCUGGCGAAAGGUAAAGGGAUUUGUGAGCUCUGGCCGCGCUUUUGAGUCUGGUAACCAAUACAGGCUUGUCUGCUGUGACAGUUCAGGAGUGGAUGAAUAAACGCCCCGUCAGAACUGUAGAUGUGAACAACAGGCGCGCCGAUCUCGGCACCUGUUCUCUGGACAAGUGCUGUGGGAGCAGGUGACGCCGAGGGAGCACUGGCAUACCUUCCUCCCCUUUCCAGCUCGGGUACGCUGGCUCCAGUUUGUCUUCUCAGUUACGGUAAGCCUCUCCAAACGCUUAGAAGAAAGACAGCAACCUCUUUCAUAAUUAACCUAGACCCUUUUCCUCCCUGAAUCCCCAGCCAUCGUGGGGCAGGAAGCAAGACUGUUGACUGAAUCAAAUCCGAAAUGCCUGUGUGGGCUAAUUGUAAUGGGAGGUUUUUGGCAUCCCCCUUGCAAAGGGGGGAAGGAAAGAGCGUACUGAUUCGUUGGACAGUCACACUGUCGGCUCCAAGCCCUGCCACUGCCGUUAGCUGCUUUUAUCACCCCAUCCAGCAGAGCUGGGAUACUCUUAAUUGUCUUGUUUGGAUGAUUGUGUUUUUGCUUUUUAUUUUAAAUAAAAUCAAUUAUUUUGC